GAGACAUUGUCGAAAAUGUCCAGCUUCAGAUGAGAGGACUAUAUCCAACAUGUGCGUUUAUGCUGUUAAUGUUCUGAACUGUGGUCUGUAAUCGUUCCCCCACCACGACAAGCGAGACCCAGCCAGUAGAAGGCGCAUGGAGUCGAGAAUAGAGGGAGUGUUAAAAACACACUAACACUACGCAACACACCUGAACACACCUGAACUUCCGGAAUAUUUCUAAGCAAGAUACGGAGCAUGUUUCACUGGGAAAACUGACCUGACCAAACCUCCAGGAUACCUAUGACACUGAGUUUUGGUAUCAAACACUUUGACUGACAAUCAUGUUAUCAUACCAGUUAAACAGAAAGGAGAAACUAAAAUGUGAUCCAUGUUCUGAGUGAUGGCCUUUGAUGAACUCUUGAAUGGUAUUUAACGCACCACUAUAAAAUAAGUCUAUAAUAUUGUAAUUCAAGAUGUCUGAGGACCUUUCUUCAGACUCUGUGCCAGAUCCCACUGACUGGGAAACUGGAAAGAAGAUAAAUGCAGACAUGGAAAGAACAGAAGAAAAUCUCACUAGUGCUGAAACGGAGCCGAGCACGCUGCCCUGGCCGGGAGACAAGGCUGAUCAGCUUGGUGAGAUAGAAGAAGCAGUAUCUGUUCUCAGUCCAGAGCAGAGUGAAAUGGAUCUUGUACGAGGCAAGGAGAGCGAGAGAUCAGAUAGCGGUGGAGAAGUAAGCAGGACUGAGAGUGAGCGAGAGAUUGGUGGGCGAGAAAAGCUUGCAUGUGAAGACUGCAUGGAGAAAACGCAGCCUGAGAAAAAAGAGAAGGUUCCACAUUUGGAGAUUGAGCUGGAGGAGUGGAACAGUAUGCCAGAGAAAGCAGCCGGGGUUUUCAGUCCAAGUUUAAGCAUCCUGCGCUCCACCAGCAUGCCGGAGCCACCCAGGCGCAGGUCAGAAAUGUGGGAGGAGGAGAAUCAUGUCUUCCUUGGACAUCAAGUUACAAUUCCAGAUGGAUACUACAAUGACUAUCCCAAACAGAACUGUUCAUGUGGUGGGAAAUACCGUGAUGUGCUGAAAAUGGGAGUAUCUCUAAUGAUGUCAGCUCUGAUCUUCCCUGUCUUGGUGUGGGGUGGUCACACUUUCUUACCCUUUGAUGCUCCUCUGCUGGAUAGCGCCCCCCUAAGACUGGUCUACACACUGCGCUGUUCGGUUUUUGCAGUAAUACCAAUUGUCCUGGGUGUGUUGGUGCUGGGUGUCUCCCGUGUGCGCUACCGUUCUCUGAAUCCUCAUUGUGAUGGAGAAAUCGAAGAGGUGAACAUCCACCGCCGCUACAUUGAUGACUCUGUCUCACUUUUCCUCCUGUAUUUCCUUCAGCUGAGUGUCAUGGCUGCUUAUCUGAACCAGCACCUUCUCAAAUUGGUGCCUCUCCUCACCAUCGUCUUUGCCAUUGGCAGGCUGGUGUACUGGAUUGCCGCCGCAUGGGGCAGCAGUCUGAGGGGUUUCGGCUUCGGGUUUUCCUUCCUGCCUAUGCUGACCAUGUUGGUGGCCAACCUAUACUUCAUCUUCAUGGCUGAAUCUGCUGGCUCAAUCUUUGCGCAAGAUGAGAUUGAACCAGUCAACCCUCCUCAGGAGUACAGGCAGAGAUUCUGGGGAUAGAACGAGAUCUAAUGCCCCUUUUUUCAUCUAUUUCUUUGUUAGUUAUGUCUUAUUUUUCAGAGCUUUAUAGGACAUGUAUCAAACACCUAUGUAUAUAUCAAAGGUAGUAUUCCAGUUUUGAAAAAAAGAAAAAAAAAGUUUUAUUAGUCUUAGAAGCCAAUAAACAAAUACUGGCUAUAAUGGACCUCAGGUUGUGAUUGUCAUUUUGCUUUUGAAUGAUUGACAUUCCACAUCUGUCUUGACAGAUUAUGUGGGGCUAAACUGUAUAUGGUUGCCUGCCUUAUGUAAGACAUUUAGUAAGAAGAUUCCCUAAAGUAAGUGAUUGUUCUAUGAUGCUACAGUCAUGUGAAUAAUACUGCUAAUGACUAUAAUUCCAGAGCAUUAUCAAGCAAGAUUUAAAUGCUUUAGUAACAGCAGGUUGCUUAAAAUAGUUUGUGUAUGAAUGCAACACAAGCAGAUGUGGAAAGAUUUUUUUUUCAUAGACUUCUAGUUUCUUUCUAAUGCCAAAAGAACAUACUGAUUAUUUUUUCCUUUUCUUGCCAUGUCGAGUUUAAAAAUAGCCUCGUAGCAUCUUUGUUGAAAUUGUGUGUGCAAUAUAUAUGAAUUGGGUCAUUUCUUUAAAAAUGGUAGUACAAAAUAGGAGAAUGUGUAAAAACUUUACUUUACAUUACUUAGUGCUUAUUUAAAAACAUGAAUUCGGGAUGCUGGGUAUGGAUUAUCUAAGUAUGAUUUAAGAGGAAAUUUCAAGCUGGUAUAAAAAGACACAACAAAUGUGUUAAAUUUCUUAAGGAGCGUAAAUGGUAUUUUUGCAUGCUUUUGUAUUAACUCUUGUAAAUAAGAUGCAACAAAUUCCUUUUUUAUUUCCUCUGAAAUCAUGUCAUUGUAUAAAUUAAACAGUGAUAAAAGACUAUGUAUGCAAUGUUAGUUGAGGACUGCCAUAGCAGUUUCUAGUGAAUUUUUCCCAUUUGCUUGUUUUAUUUCUGACUUCUAAUCAAAAGCUGUAUAUAAUAAUAUAAUAUAACCUAUAAAAUAUCCCCAGCUACUGUUCUCUGGCCAUGUCCUCCAUUUGUAGAACCACAGUUCUAUUUCCUUUCCUUUCUAACUACCAGGGGGGUUCCUUUAAUGUAGUUAAAGUACCACAGUCAUCACAGGGUUUAUAAUACAGUCAAAUAAUGCACAGUGCCAGAUAAUCAUUUUCAGAACUAAUAGCAUUUGAGUGGUAUCUUAAAUAUGGCUACUAUUGUCAGAUGUAGAAAUUUUGGCAGUGUGGUAAAAUUGUGAUAACUGGUCAUUUUUUGACCCCUUUUGUGGUCGUGAAAGCUCUCCUAUUUAUCCCAAAAGCUUGUGUAGCCCAAAAGAGUCAUUCUUAUGAACUGCACAUUAUGGCUUUUCUUGUACUUGGCUCUUAGUCUUAGAGUUCCACAUGUGAGAUGAGGAGAUGUCUGUAUUUUGGCCAUCCCAUUGUCACGGUGUGAUUGCACUGAUGAGAUUCUGGGUAAUCAUGCAUUAGAUGCUUGACCAUGCCUUGUGCUGGCCUGAAACUACUCUUGUUCUUUUUUGUUUCAGGUCAAGGCUUUCUAUAAUCUGCACAAGUGGUCUAUGAUUGCCUAUUACAAUCUGGAAUGGAAACAAGCAUGUGGAAACUUCACAAAUUUUUCUGGCAAUCCAGAACUAAAAUGAAUAGAAUUACCACUUUCUAGAAAACCUACCAUUGAAUAAUUAGAUGUCAUCAUGAUUAUUUGUUCCCUUUAUAAUUCUAUAUUAAUUUUAUAAGACAGAGAACAUAUGAUUGCAUGUGUAUAUGUAAAUAUAUCAAUCUAUAAAGUUUAAACAUCAUGUAUUUCCUUUUUGCAUUUAUAUACUGUACACUGAACAAAAUAAACUCGAAAUAUUUUUUA